GCCGCGCCCGCCUCGGCGACCCCGCGGGACUGAGGCGUCGCCGCGCCCGCCGGCGUGAGCGCCCCAGCCGCCGGCCUCGACCCCGGAGCUCGAAGCCCCGCGGGCCGCGCCCGCCGCCGGCCCCACCCAUCCGGGCCGCCGAGGCCGCGGCCAUGGCCGAGACGGAGGAGCGGAGCCUGGACAACUUCUUCGCCAAGAGGGACAAGAAGAAGAAGAAGGAGCGCAGCGGCCGGGCGGCCAGCGCCGCGGGCUCGGCGGGCGGCGCCGGCGGGAGCGGCGGAGUCGCGGGCGCGGCGGGCGGCGGGGCGGGCGCGGGCACCCGGCCGGGCGACGGCGGGACGGCGGGCGCGGGGGCCGCGGGCCUCGGCGCCGCCACCAAGGCCGUGACCAAGGAUGAAGAUGAAUGGAAAGAAUUUGAGCAGAAAGAGGUUGAUUACAGCGGCCUCAGAGUUCAGGCGAUGCAAAUAAGUGAAAAGGAAGAAGAUGAUAAUGAAAAGAGAGAAGAUCCAGGCGACAAUUGGGAAGAAGGAGGAGGAGGAGGUGGUGGUGGUGGUGUAGAAAAAUCUUCAGGUCCUUGGAAUAAGACAGCUCCGGUACAAGCACCUCCUGCUCCAGUAAUAGUUACAGAAACCCCAGAACCAGUAAUGACCAGUGGUGUAUAUCGACCACCUGGGGCCAGGUUAACCACAACAAGGAAAACGCCACAAGGACCACCAGAAAUUUACAGCGAUACACAGUUCCCAUCCCUGCAGUCCACUGCCAAGCAUGUAGAAAGCCGGAAAUACUGAGCCUUCGUAAGGGUUGACUACCUCAGAUUUGCUGCACUCAUUGUGGACUUCAUGUGGAUCACAACUUCUGGAUAAGAAGGUUACUGCUAUUAAGUGUCGUGAAACUUGAAACCAGCUCUACUGGAUUCCUAUCAGAAAUCCUGCAGAAAGUCAGCCAUCUGGGUUCUGAUCUGCUGUAAAAGAUGAAGAUUUAAGUGACCUUAAUUAACCUGUCCUGUGCCCCAUCCUUAAGGAAUAUUCUCUGUAGUGGGCUGUGGCUGUGUUAGACUUCCUGGAACAUGCCGCUCAAAAGAACUGAUUCAUUCAGAUAAUCUAUGUAGGGCUGUGAUUUCUAAUUUAAACUUUGAGUUGUAUUCUGAGGUAACCACAAAUUCAACCAAACUCGGGUCCCUCAAGUGGGAAAGGGGGGGGUGGGAUUAAUCUUGUUUCUUUUAGUCUUUUUUUUUUUUUUCUUAAAUUUGGGUAGUGCUUUUUCUGUGUUCCACAUUAAGGCCUUUUUUCGCUUUGACUUGGAAUAAAUUCUUUGACAGCAUAUUGCUUGGUUCAAUAACCUGAAAUAUGCAUUAGAAUUGUGAAAUGUCUUGUGAAUUUGCCAAUCCCUAGAGUGGAACCAAAUUGCCUUUGAUGUCAAAUGUUAAGGGCAGUGGAUGCAGGGGGCUCUAUUUCAGGUGCUGCUAAGCCUCCUUGAAUCAGGUCUAAAUUGUGUAGUCAACUGUAGUGGAAAGAGUAUGGUUUCUGCUAGGGCCAAGGGAUUAGUCCUUGUGAACUCAAAGCCAUGAGAGCAGAAUUUCACCUAAAACCCAUUUAAGUUGUUUGGAUCUUGGAUAAUCUUUGACGAGAAUUCCAGGUAUACUGUGCCCAAUUUUUCAUGAACAUUCAAGUAUUAAUGUUCAAAGUGUUGAACAUUCUAUAGGUGCAGUGAUGGUCCCAGUUGUUACCCACCUUCCCACCUUUCGGUGAGUCUUACGCUGCUCAUUUGGGAAGUCAGGGGUGAAAGACAGGUGAUGUAGCACUUCUGUUUUAAUAAUUAAUUACAACUUAAUCCUUAAAGGAAAUUUAAAGGAGCAGCUCGUGAUUACUGAAGUUUCUUUACAUCUAAUGAGAUAGUCUGGUAAUUUCCUAGUUUUGUAUCUUUGAGUCUUUAGAAAUAUUCAGAGUGGUGUGUGACCAUGAUGCAGAGUCGACUUCUAUAUGUAUAAUAAAUACCUUUGCCAAAUGCAGGAGUUGCAGACUUGCUACUGGCAGGAUUGAAGCAAAUGAGUACAAUACCCUGAUAUAAGAGCCUUUUACUAAAGGAGUUUAGUCUUUAUUAAAGUAUUACUACAGGAAUGGAACUCCUGGGAGGUUUACAGUACUCCUGACAGGACCUGCCAGCUGUGUUCUGGCAAUUAUGUUAUUUGAGGUGGCAGGCAGAAAGAAUGUCUUGUCUUCUGACUUCACUUGGGUGAGUAGCUGAACCAGCCUGAACAGGAGGUUGGGUGAUUAGGGAGGGGUGGGGGAGAGAACCACACAAGGGACUUGAUUUAAACCGAAGGCUUUAUUUGAGAGCCAAAAAUCUUAACAAAUAAUCUCUUGGACCUUGAGCCACAUAUUUUCCCUGGAAAUUAUGCUCUUUUUUUCUAGUAGAAUUUUACUGGGGGGUGGGGGGCUAUGUUACUGAGGAAUGAACUGAGAUGAAUAUGUGGAAAUGUUAUUUAAUGGCUUAGUGGACUAGAAAUCUGAAGGCCUGCAGGAGAUUUUAAAUUACAACUCAUAACUUUUUAAAAGAUUGUGAAAUUAUCAAAAUGCACAUGAAUCAAGUUUUAAUAUACUGUAUGAUGGGUGGAUGAGGCUGUCCAUUGUACCAUUUCUUUCUUUGAAUUCUCAGGCAUGGUUUGGCAGUGCAAGAACUCUUAACAUUAACAAAUUCAAUAAAAAUUAAAUAUAUGGA